AUGUGGUCAACCAAUUAUCUCCUUCUUAUUGCUUUUGUCAGCAUUCCAGUGGUUUAUUCAAUUAUUUGUGGCCAACGCUUGAGUGGAAAUGUUUAUGGUGUCAUGUCGCCCAUAAUAAAUUGCACAGAUGCGUGCGGUUUUUGUCGCUCCAUCACAAGAAGCGGUGGUAGCAAGGAUUUUGAAGUGAGCGGCUGUGGAUGUGGGGAGAAUUCGAUCGCAAGAAAAUUGAAAAUGGACGGAUUUAAGGACUGUAAUGGAGAAUCCGAAAGCGUUUCCGCCGGUCCAACGCAAAUCUACACGGAGACGGAUAAAUGUUGCACCAAAGAAUUUUGU